AUGCCGUCCCUAAGUUCGCGGGACGACGAUGAUGGCUCGCUUCUCAAGGCCGUAAAGGGACUGAAAAGUUUCGAUGGGAGUGCUGCCUGGUCUUUGGCUGAACUGACAUUCCUUACGACUACAUUCCCGCACCUCCACCAUCUCAUCCUACGCAGUGAAUCGUACUGCUACCGAGCCGACAUCGCGUCCAUUAUGCGUAUCCUAGGCCAAGGCUUGACACAUCUAAAGACGCUACAAAUCAGCAAGAUUGAAUAUCUAGACAUGGGAUAUCGGGGAGUGUGGAAACGAGCUGUUAUGGAAUGUAAGACUGAGGAAGCAAGACGGGCGUUAUGGGAAGGGAAUGAGAAGAGGAGGGUGGCAGCUGAGAAUGAGGUUGCUAGGUUGGCUUUUGGUGGUUUAGGGUCGCUGGAAGAGCUGUGGGUGGGUGAGAAGAGGGUUGCGAGACGAUCACUACAAAUGAACGAAGGUGGUCAACAGAGUUGGGUAUGGGAGCGCGAGGCCGAUGGGAUGGGGGACUAUGCACUGGUCGGGACAAUGUGGGCGAGGUAUCAAAAGGAGAGGGAAGGCGUGAUUGAGAGGAGCGAGCUGGGGAUGUGA